AUGUUUUCUGAAGAAACCUUCCCUUUUCUCUCAGCCUUUUUCCAUUUCAAGUGCUACGGAACUCCGACAUCUACGCUGCAGCAAUCGUUGGAUCUUUCGUCGAAAGUAUUGAAUCUUGUCGUGGGAAAGUUUCCCCUUCUGAGAGGAAUUGUGAAUAAAUUGAAACAGGGUAUCCAGAAUGUGCGAAAUAUUCAAAUCAAAGACGAGGAAAUAGCUUCACUCGAACCGAAAAUGUUGGAGCUAAUGCCGAGAGUGUCAAAAGUGGUCAAUAAUCCUUCACUGCUCAACCGUGUUGGUUUGAAAGGAUCCUUAGCAAUUCUAAGCGGAUUCAAUAAGCUUGGGGCUAUUCUACCUGCAGACGAACGUGCAUUCAAGGCAAAGGUCAAAGCUAAAGGUGUUACUGCCAUCAUAGCUCCAGCUAUAUCGGAAAUCAGCCGUCUUGAAAACACUUUAGGCCUAUGA